AUGACCUUGUUCAGGGAGGAGGUGGAGGAUAAAGAUAAGGACAAAUGGAUAGUAUGGUUCGAUGGCGCGUCCAACACACUAGGCCAUGGAGUAGGGGCGGUGUUGCUUACCCCCGACGAUCAAUGCAUACCCUUCACGGCUAGGUUGGGCUUUGACUGCACAAAUAACAUGGCCGAGUAUGAGGCAUGUGCCCUUGGGAUCCAAGCAGCAAUCAACUUCAAGGCCUACAUCAAGAAGCUGAUAGAGUUCUUCGAUGACAUAUCCUUCCACCACAUUCCUAGGGAGAAGAAUCAAAUGGCUAAUGCGCUUGCCACUCUAGCAUCCAUGUUUCAGCUGACUCCGCAUGGGGACUUGCCGUACAUUGAGUUUAGAUGUCGCGGCAAGCCCGCACAUUGCUGCGUAAUAGAAGAAGGGCAAGAUGGUAAACCUUGGUACUUCAACAUCAAGCGAUACAUCAAAGACAAGGAAUACCCACAAGGGGCUUCUGACAAUGACAAGAGAACAUUGAGAAGGUUAGCAACCAGUUUCUUCCUGAGUGGAAGCAUUCUAUACAAGAGGAACCAUGACAUGGUUCUGCUCCGAUGUAUGGAUGCCAGGGAGACUGAGCAAAUACUGGUGGAAGUUCACGAGGGUUCCUUUGGAGCACACACCAAUGGGCAUGCUAUGGCCCGAAAGAUCCUAAGGGCAGGGUAUUACUGGCUCACCAUGGAAAAUGACUGUUGUAUCCAUGUGAGAAAAUGCCACCAGUGCCAGGCAUUCACGGAUAAUGUCAAUGCUCCACCCAUGCCUUUGAACAUCUUGGCAGUGCCUUGGCCAUUCUCCAUGUGGGGAAUAGAUGUGAUUGGGGCUAUUGAGCCCAAGGCUUCGAACAAACAUUGCUUCAUUUUGGUUGUUAUCGACUACUUCACCAAAUGGGUUGAAGCUGCUUCAUACGCUAGUAUGACAAUGAGUGUGGUGGUCAGGUUCAUCAAGAAGGAGAUAAUUUGUCGGUAUGGGUUACCCAGGAAGAUUAUCACGGAUAAUUCCACCAAUCUAAACAACAAGAUGAUGAAGGAUUGGCACGAGAUGCUCCAUUUCACGCUACAUGGUUAUCGAACCUCAGUGCGCACAUCAAUUGGGGCAACUCCUUUCUCCUUGGUAUAUGGGAUGGAGGUCGUGUUUCCGUUUGAAGUAGAGGUCCCUUCUUUAAGAGUUCUGGCUAAGUCAGGGUUGAAAGAGUCAGAAUUGGCCCAAGCACACUUUGAUCAACUGAAUCUUAUAGAGGGUAAAAGAUUGGCUGCCAUGAGCCAUGGACGGUUAUAUCAAAGCCGGGUGAAGAACACUUUCAACAGGAAGGUACGCCCAUGCAAGUUCAGCGAAGGGGAUCUCAUCUUGAAGAAAGUAUCCCAAGCUCAGAAGGACCAUAGGAGAAAAUGGGCUCCAAAUUACGAAGGACCAUUCGUCAUGAAGAAAGCAUUUUCGGGAGGAGCAUUAGUGCUUGCCAGCAUGGAUGAUGAAGAACUGCCUUCGCCCAUGAAUUCCAAUAUCGAAAUGGCUCCAAAGAAGCUCCCAGCCAAGAGAUCCAGGAAAGAUGCCACUGGAGAGGGUUCCAGUGCGGCCCCACAGGCAGAUAUGGACUUUGAUAGACACAGGUUCUGGAGUGCAGGGCACCAACAACGGUUUGAGGCCAUUAAUGGCUAG